AUGGCAUCUUCUUCUUCAACUGGAAACGGAAACAGUUAUCCGAAACGAUCUCGUCGUAGCGAGCCGAGUAUAAUCCAAAUAAAAGAAGAAACCAUCGAAUUGGAUAGUAAUAGUAGUCCAUUUCAAUCUCCUUAUGAACAAUUACUUCAGCAAGAAACUGUUCCUGUACCUGUGGUUGUUCCGCCAAAGAAACCAAAAGAACAAAAAUGUCGUUGGGAUCGUUGUACGCAUAUAGGUGAUAUUAAUGGAUCUUUAUUCGAACAUCUUCUUGAACAUGUGAACGCUCAAAAGAAUAGUAAAAAAGAACAAAUGUGUCUUUGGGUCGGAUGUCGAGUGUAUAAAGUCGCAUCACGCAGUGUAAAUUAUCUGGAAAAACAUAUUCAUAAACAUACCAACGAGAAGCCAUUCCGCUGUAUGUUCGAUAAUUGUACGGAGCAAUUCACCACACAAUUCGCACUUGAACGACAUGUUCAAACGCAUUUGAGACAACAAGAUGCAUCGAUGCUUUUCGAUACAAGUGGAGACACAUCAAUGGUAGGUACAGGGGAGUACGAUGUAUCGAAUGGAGAUGAGAAUCACCGAACUUACCUUCGUACUGGAAGUGCCAAUGGAUCGCAUCAAAACUUACUUCUUCAGCAAAUUCAACAUCAAUCAAAUGAGAAGAAAACAAAUCGAAAACGUCGAGCUAAAAUCAACGGAGUACCGGUUGCUUAUGCGGUGAAUCGCGAUUGUUUUACGGAGAGUGAAGUCUUUCAUUUAACUCGCCUGUUUGAUGCCUGUCCAUAUUUUUCGACAGAUAAAUCCGGUACAGUAGUUGUUCUACAACCCAAGGUUACUAUGAAACGACAUAUUGGUGAUCGAACCGAACAAUUCGUCGAAUGGACACCUGAAGACAUUUGCCCAGGCGAAUGGAUCAAAAGUUCGGACGUUUAUUUAAAGCCUAAACAUAUUCCAAUUAGUGAACUAACUGCUAAUCAAUUGAAUCGCUUGUUACCACCAAUCUACUCAUAUCGUCCGCGGAAACAAAAACAGCGGAAACGUUCCAUAAUCUCAGCAUUACAAAGCAAAUAA